AUGAAGGAAGUCGAAUUUACUGAAGAACAGCUAGAAGAAUAUAAAGCAGCAUUCGCGAUGUUUGACACAGAUAACAGUGGCAGCAUCACCAUUGAUGAGAUGAUGACAGUUAUGACAGACCUGGGACAAUGUCCAUCUGCGGAAGAACUGAAGGAGGAACUUGAAAAAAUGGACAUAAACAAUGAUGGUUCGAUUGAAUUUCAUGAAUUUUUAUCAACGUUAAAGAAAAUGGCAUCAGAAGAGGAGCUUAAAGAAUGUUUUCAACUAUUUGAUAAGGAAGGAAAUGGUUACUUGACAUUUACACAACUUAAGCGCAUCCUACAAGAUUUGGGAAAAGACUCAUUUACAGACGAAGAAAUAGAAGAGCUUAUCGAAGCCGGUGGCCUCAAUGUCGAUGGACAUCUUAAAUACGAAAGGAUUCACUCGAGUGGUUACAAACCAACAAGCGCUUAUAUGGGAGCAAGUGGUUACGUGUACAACAAGGCGGUUACAUGGAAGCGGGUGGGUACAUUCACAAGCAGGCUGUUGCAUGAAAACACAGCAUACACACCAACAGGACGUUCCACACCAAGAGAUGGUUACUCGUUAGCAGGCGGUUUUAUACCAGCAGACGAUUACACACAGGCGGUGGACAAUCAACAAUGA